AUGGCUAAUCCCAGUGCUGUCUGCAAUGGACAUCUACAUCAUCAUCAUCAGAAACAGAAUAACCUCUUAAAAAGUGGAAUCUAUAAGAAAAAUGGGAUUGCUAAAGGAAUGAAGAAGAAUGGCGUAUCAAAUGGAACUCUCUACAAAAAAACAUUUAUUGAGCACUUUGAACAGGCACCAAUGUAUGUUGCUGUUCUCACUUUCGUGGGUUUUGGAGUAGGAACAAUACUUGGCUACCUGCGAGAUUUUCUGAGAGCCUGGGGACUAGAAAAACGUCACCUUGCUGCAGAAAGAGAAGAACAAAAAGAUUUUGUGCCACUUUAUCAAGAUUUUGAGAACUUUUACACCAGAAACCUCUAUAUGAGAAUACGGGAUAACUGGAAUCGUCCAAUUUGCAGUGUCCCAGGGCCACAGUUUGACCUCAUGGAACGUGUAACAGAUGAUUACAACUGGACAUUUAGGUUUACAGGAAGGACUAUCAAGAAUGUAAUCAACAUGGGUUCUUAUAACUACCUCGGCUUUGCAGAAACAGAUGUUAAUGCAUUGAAAACAGUGACUAUAGAGUUACAAAAAUAUGGGACAGGAAUCUGCAGUACCAGACAGGAAAUGGGCACCUUAGACAAACACGUAGAACUAGAGACACUUGUGGCCAACUUCCUUGGUGUGGAAGAUGCUAUGGUGUUUGGCAUGGGCUUUGCAACAAACUCAAUGAAUAUUCCAGCCCUCGUUGGAAAGGGCUGCCUCAUUUUAAGUGAUGAGUUGAACCACACUUCUCUUAUUCUUGGUGCAAGGCUUUCAGGUGCUACUAUUAGAAUCUUCAAGCAUAACAAUAUGCAGAGCCUUGAAAAGUUGCUGAGGGAUGCAAUAAUAUAUGGGCAGCCUCGAAACCGCAGAGCAUGGAGAAAAAUUAUCAUCCUCGUGGAGGGCAUUUACAGCAUGGAAGGGUCUAUCGUGCGCCUGCCAGAGUUAGUCUCCUUGAAGAAGAAAUACAAAGCCUACCUCUACUUGGACGAAGCUCACAGCAUCGGGGCAGUGGGUGCGACGGGACGAGGGGUCGUGGAGUACUUCGGUAUGAGUCCUGAUGACGUUGACGUAUUGAUGGGAACGUUCACAAAGAGCUUUGGCGCAGCUGGAGGAUACAUAGCUGGCAAAAAGGACCUUGUGGACUUUUUACGAACACAUUCUCACAGUGCUGUGUACGCCACAUCUAUGUGUCCACCGGUAGCAGAGCAAAUCAUCAGGGCAAUGAAAUGUCUCAUGGGACUAGACGGGACAACACAAGGGCUCCAAAGAGUGCGCCAGCUGGCGAAAAACACAAGGUACUUCAGACGAAGACUGCACGAAAUGGGCUUCAUCAUUUAUGGCAAUGAUGAUUCUCCUGUUGUCCCUUUACUCCUUUAUAUGCCUGGUAAGAUAGGGGCUUUUGCAAGACUCAUGUUAGAAAGAAAUAUCGGGGUGGUUGUGGUUGGGUUUCCAGCUACUCCCAUCACAGAAUCCAGGGCUCGGUUUUGUGUAUCAGCUGCACAUACGCGGGAGAUGUUAGACACGGUAUUGAAUGCUCUGGAUGAAUUGGGUGAUUUUCUACAUCUGAAAUACUCACGGUAUUCCAAGUCAUCUCAUCCUGAACUGUAUGAAGAAACUAGGUUUGAACUUGAAGAUUGA